AUGCAAACUAAAAUAAAACAUGCCCAGUUAGGGCAGAUUAAUGCUUUCUAUCGAGAGGCAGGAGACCAUGCCAAACCGGUCAUUCUGCUACUUCACGGCUUCCCUAGCUCCUCCCACCAGUACCGCAACCUCAUACCUCUGCUUUCCGCAUCUUACUGGGUCUUAGCGCCAGACCUACCAGGCUUUGGAUUUACCACAGUUCCAUACGACUAUAAAUACACAUUCGAGAAUCUCGCCACGUUUGUCGGCGACUUUCUCGAUCAUUUGCGCAUUGAUCAGUUCUCGGUCUACAUAUUUGACUACGGCGCUCCCACUGCUCUGCGCCUCGCUCUUCAACGCCCUUCAAGCAUCACUGCUAUCAUAAGUCAGAACGGCAAUGCCUACGAAGAGGGACUGGGCGGCUUCUGGGAUUUAAUCAAGCCGUACUGGCAAAGUAAUAACCCAAGAAUUCGAGAAAAGUUGCGCCUUUACUUGCUUUCCUACGACACAACAAAGUUCCAGUAUGUCACUGGCUCUCCAGAUCCAGAGUCGAUACCGCCGGAAACAUACUUGCUCGACUACACCCUUUUGUCUAGACCGGGGAUCGGCGAUAUUCAAAUGGAUCUGAUCAAAGACUACCAGAAAAAUAUCCCGCUCUAUCCCCAGUUCCAGAAUUACUUGCGAAGUUCUCAGGUCCCACUCCUUGCGGUUUGGGGCAAGGACGACCCGAUCUUUAUUCCUCCUGGGGCCGAGGCGUUCCAAAGAGAUUUGCCUAAUGCUGAAAUUCAUCUGCUGGAUGCAGGUCAUUUUGCAUUAGAAACACAUCUGGAGUCAAUUUCGGACUUGAUACUUGAGUUCCUCCAAAAGAACCUAAGAUCUUGA